AUGGCUCCACAGGCAUCAACUUCUAGCGAUGACGAGGCACCAGAAGCAUUUACCUUUGGCUCUUCUAAAAAAGCGGCGCAAGAUGAUCAAAUCACCAUCCUGAAAUUCGAGGCUGCAGAGAAGUCGAAAAAAAAGCAAAAGAAUCGCGAGAGAGAUCGCGUCCUUAAAGAGCGUGCAGAGCUAGCAAAAGCUAAUCUUGCUAGAAAACGGAAGUCGAAGUCGAAAGGGAAAGAAAAGGCGGUGGUAGCUGCGGAAGCAAGCGAGGGGGGAAAUGCUGGUGGGCGUAAUAACCUUGAGUCUAGAAUGGAACGAGCGAUGAGAGAGGCCGAAGACGAGUCAGACUUAGACGACAAGACUCAUGGCAUGGGAGCUGGGUCUAGGAUAGAAGGCGACGACUCAGAUGGAAUUGGAGGUGGCUCGGAAGGGGGGGAAGAAGAUAUAGAGAUGAGUGGCGACGACAGAGAGGAGGGGAGUGGCUUGUUGGACAAAGGCUCGUAUGAGGACGAAGAAGCUGACGACUCCUUUUCCCAACAUUUCACUGUCUCGAAUAACCGUUAUCUCCCCGACCAUCUAUUUUCCUCCGCGCUUUCAAAACCCAUCCCCAAGCCAUCGUCAAAACGAAAGCUGGACUUAGCUGACACGCCCGAACCACCCGCCCUGAGACGAAAACGAGCCAAACAUCCGUCUAAAGACAUUAAUAUCGGCUCUCGGACAAUCCGCACAAUGUCCAGCCCAUCACUUGCCGUUCCUUCAGUUACACCCCGAGCUAUGGUUCCGCCUCCCAAAGUGAACAGGUUCUUUAAGAAAAGUCUCAAUGUAAACGGGAAUGCGAACAGUGCGAAGGCGAAAGGAUGGGAGCGUAGAUCAGCCAACGUCGGCGUUAUGAAGCGCAACGGACCUGCCGCGAGUUUUGUCAGGAAUCGAUAA